ACUAAAAUAAAAUUUGUUGUGAUCGAUAAUCAACGAAUGUGAAAUUCUAGUAUAAGAAUAUUUUUGUGUGUUGAAAAAAUUCUAUGUUAAGAUGCAACUCCGCUUCUUUGGCAGGCAUGAAUGGGGUGCCAAGAACCCGUUAAGAGCUCACCAUGACAGGGCGCACACAAAUUACGAUUUGCAGAUUCCUGUGAAAUGUGUCAUAUUCGGAUACACACAGAGCCAACCAUGCUACGAAAUUGAGCAUUGCAAACAAUGUAUAAGGGAUAUACAGAAGAGAAAUAUGGAAAAAUACCAGCUGCUUGAUAUAAGAUACAAUUUCCUAAUUGACUACUUAGGAAACAAAUAUAUUGGCAGAGGAUGGAAAACGAUGCCCAGUUUGCCUAAAAAAUAUCGACAAUAUCAGAGGAAGUCUUUAUACGUUGGUUUAAUCGGAUUUUAUAACGCCCAAUCACCACCUUCGCCAGAAAUGUACAAGGCCAAGGAACAGCUGUUGAAAGCAGGUGUUCGAAAAGGAGAAAUAUCGCUGAAGUUCCUUGAAUUUAACAUUUAAAUGUUUUUCUCUGAAUGAUAAAUACUGUGUUUUGUACACCAUGUUCUGUACACUGUGUUUUGUGC